GUUGAAUUUUAGCUGCAGUCUAAACAACAACCAAACCACCCAACAACAACCAUGAAAUUCUUGAUUGCUUUCGCCGCCGUUUUGGCCGUCUCCGCUGCUGUUUACGUAGCUCCAGUUCACCAUGGUGUAGCCGCCUAUGGUGCUUACACCCCAGCCUACCAUGGUGCCUAUGCCACCCCAUAUGCUGGUAUCUACGGUGCUCAUCAUCUGUAUAAACGUGGAAUCUACGCUGCUCCAGUUGCUGCUUACCAUGGUUCUUAUGCCCAUGCUGGUUAUGCUCACCAUGCCUAUGCUACUCCAUACGCUGGAGUCUAUGGAGCUCACCAUCUCUACAAGCGUGGAGUGAUCGCCGCUCCAGUUGCCGCCUAUGGUGCUUAUGCUCAUGGUGCCUAUGCCCAUCAUGGUUAUGCUCAUUCCGCCUACGCUACCCCAUACGCUUUCGGUGCUCAUCAUCUUUACAAGCGUGGAAUCUACGCCGCCCCAAUUGCCGCUUACCAUGGUGCCGCUGUUGCCCAUACCGCUUACAACACCCCAUUCGUCCCACGUUACUAUUAUUAAAUGUAUAAAUGUAUAAAAUGUUAUGACAAUUACAUAUAAGCAAUAAAAAUAUAAAACUCGAAAAA